GAGUGGUGGUGAGUGUGCAUUGGUGUUGAUGAUUGUCGGAGUGAGUGGCUGACAUAGGUGCUGAUAGUAGUGGGUGAGCGUGUGAUAUAAUUGGGUGGAGGUGAUGAUGAUGUUAUGGUGAAAUCACGAGUGUGUGGUGGUGGACAGUGCGCAGGAGUGAUAGGAGUGGGUACGUGUGGUAUUGGUGGUGGUGAUGGUGAGACAAAGGCGGCCGGGCACGUGUUCCCGGCCACCCACCCCACGUGUGCCAUGCCGUCCUUCAUCGGUGCUCGCGAACAGCACUUCCCCCCAAGUCUGUUAAAUCCGCAUGUAGAGGACCUUCGUCUCUGAGUUUGUGGGAGGUGACGGCUGCCGGCGGUGGCAAGAGAGGAAGUAGUGGAGGUGGAAGGGGAGGAGAAGUAAGAAGAGCCAUUCUACCUCGCGCGGAGCUCACAUCGGGGCGCGGCUCUUCCCAUCCUCCCAUCCCCCACAAAGACACGCGCAUCGCGGACCCUACGCGUGCGCUCCUCACAAUCAUCCCCUCCUGCUCCCCCUCCCCGUCUCCCCCACGCCCUCCACCAGCACCACGUCCCCCUGCUCCCUCUCCAUCAGACUCCUCCUGCACGAGCGCCAUUGGUCGCUAGCUCCUUGGCGCUUCCACGCGUUCGGCGGAGCGGCGUGGGGCGCGCGCGCGAGUCGAGACCGCGCCUGUCACGCGCGUCCCUCUCCGCGCUCUCUCUCUCUCCGCGCUCUCCCCCAGCCUCACUCACUGACACUCACAUACACACAGAGCUCUCUCGCUCUCUAUCUCUCUUGCUCUUACACAUGCGCGCGCGCACAUCUCUCUCGCUGAGACUCACACGCGCACAUGCACAGAGCUCUAUUUUGCUCGCACACACACAUGCACCCGACUCGCUCUCUGGCUCUCUGUCUCUCUCUCGGUGCACGAGGCGUGAAGAUUUAUUCAUCGCGAGUCUGCGACUGAACGAGAAGCAAAGCGACUCUGGGAACCAGGCGCAUUGGUCGCCCCAGAUUCGCGGCGCCCGCGGUGUUGUUGCGUACGCGUGGUGGCAGAUGCUGGGAGAGACAAGCAGCCGAGGUGGCUCAGAGGUCAGAGGCACCGAGCCAGCACCGACGACAAACCUGGGUUCGAAUCCGGCUUUUCGAACACCUGUACUCGUACACUCGUGGGACGAUCCCGGACUCCAAGAACGAACUGCCCACCGAGCAGCCGUCGUCACGUUGAGCCACGCUUGCGUCACGGAGCAGGAAGGGAUGAGGUGACCGCAUCUUUGCCUCCUUCAGGCUCAUCAGCACCGUGAGGCCGUGGGCCGCUAGCGACGGGGAGCAGCCUCCACCAUGCGCCUGGAGACAUCAAUCUCAGACUCCGUCGACCACUGGACCCUUCAGGACCAAUGCGUCCCAGCCGCGUUCGCUUGAGCAAGGAAAUCCCUGCACCGGCAUCGACUUCGCCGAGCCUCAUCAGCAGGGCGCGGCCCGCGAGACGAAUCGCCCGCGCGUGACGGCGAUUCCGAGAUGACGCCUCCGCCAUCCCCGCUGCUGCUGCUGCCCGUGCUGCUGCCCUUCCUGUCACUGUGGCUGCCCGCGUCCGCGCCCGCCUGCUCCCCCGACUGCCCCGGCGGCUCUGCCCCAACGCUGUCGGCGCAGCGGCCCUCGUUAUCGUCCACAUCGUCGUCGUCGACGGCAUCGUCGUCAUCGCCGGCGGCACAAGUAGCAGUCGGCUCGACAGGAGAGCAGCAGCAUCAGCUCCUCGACGAUCUCCAAUAUUUCCAGCACCACCACCACGACGACGACCGCUACCGCCAGCGCGAUGAGACCUCAGCGGACACGGGGCUGGCUCAGCAGCAACAGCAACAGGAUUCGGCUGCGAUCAAGCCGCGUCGCGGCCACGGCAAGGGCUCGCGCAGAAGGAGGAAACGUCUGGAAGACGACCCGAGCCUCAGCCGCCGCCUGCCGCAAACCAUCAUCAUCGGCGUCCGCAAGGGCGGGACGCGCGCGCUGCUCGAGAUGCUGAGCCUCAACCCGGCGGUCGUGACGGCGGAGACGGAGCUCCACUUCUUCAACCGCGACGAGAACUUCGCCCGCGGCCUCGAGUGGUACCGCCAGCAGAUGCCGCCCUCGCGGCCCGACCAGGUCACCGUGGAGAAGACGCCCGCCUACUUCACCGCGCCGCAGGUGGCGGCGCGCAUGGCGGGCUACCACGCGCCGUCCGGGGGGAACGUCUCCGCCCUGCGCCUCCUGCUCAUCCUGCGCGACCCCGUCGAGCGAAUCCUCUCCGACUACACGCAGGUUUUCUACAAUCGCGCCGAGCGGGGGCGCGAGUGCCCCCCACUCCGGGACUUCCUGCUGAGCCGCAGCACGGGGCGGCUGCGGCCCGACUACAAGGCGGUGAACCGCAGCCUCUACGCAGACCACAUGGAGAACUGGCUGCGCCACUUCCCGCGCGAGCGCCUGCACGUGGUGGACGGCGACCGGCUGAUCCGCGAGCCGCUCGCCGAGCUGGGCCGCGUCGAGCGCUUCCUGGGCCUCGAGCCGCGCAUCUCGGCUGGCAACUUCUACUUCAACGCGACGCGCGGCUUCUUCUGCCUGCGCGACGCGCGCCGCCGCCGCUGCCUCGACGACUCCAAGGGGCGGCCGCACCCCCGCGUCGACGGCGCCCUCCUCGAGCGACUGCGCCGAUUCUUCCGCGAGCCAAACCGCCGCCUCUUCCGCCUGCUCGGGCGCACCUUCGACUGGCCCUGAGCCCCUCCCCCCCCCGCACUCCCUUACCCCGGCCGCCGCCCCCAUCCCUGUCCCGCAGCGCCCCCCCAAGAAGGAUCGGUGGCGACCGUUCGCCCGACCGCUCGCUCGCUCGCUCGCUCGCCCGCCCCCCCUCCCGUCCGCACGGGAACGGGACGACGAUCGGCGUGUGAGAGGGAACUGCCGAGCGGUGCGGAUGUUUUGCCCGCGGGUGAAACUGGUUGGGCGGGAAGCGAGGACACCGUCGGGUUGGUUAUCCAGAAUGGAACUUUUGUUGGCGGAAGGGAAACCAUCGUUGCUCAGUUAAGACGCCAGCCCGGCCCCCCCACCAGCCCCCUUACCCCCAUUGCCGAAUCCUGGAUCGGUGCCAGAAACCAGCGGAACGUUCGCUCACCGCCGCUGAGCAUGCGGCUGUGAUGGUCGUGAUGGUCGUGAUGGGCGUGAAGGCCGUGACGGCGGCCGGUGUUAAUUUCAGCGGCCGCCCCGGAGCGGCGUUCUAUCCCCCAGAGCGGCACUCUCUCGACACCAGCUUACUUAUUUUUCUUUACACGAACAGAACAACAUUUUCAUCGGUAGAGUUUUAGUGGAGGCCACUGCCUUGUUAAUCGUCCACGUCACUUACCCCCCGGCACCGCGAUGAAGACAGGAGCCGGAGAGAAUCGAAACAAAAAAAAGAUCUUCUCCGCGUGGACUUUGAGUGGUGGGCGGACGGUGUUGUUGUCUUUAUAUAUAAGUGACAAACGCGAUCGAUCGACGGGCCACGCCUCUCCCGGCUUCUCCUGGAGUCUGUGGGCCACCGCGCCUGAGGGCACGCCCAGCGCUCCUGCUCGAUCGCUCGCUUCUUGUGAGCGUCACAGAACAGCAAUAAACUAAGCGAGCCCAUUCAAACGGAGGGAGUGAAAAAUAAACAUAUGAAUAACGGGAUACGUUUAAUAAACAAGAUAAUUAAUUCGUCGAUAGAGGGACGGGGCCCCCAGGUAGUAAAAUGGGUUGCGGAAGAGAGAUGAAAAGCCAGUGAAAUGCGGCGCGCGAUGGAAGCGCCGUGGCCUUAUUGAGUGAGAGCAAUAAGAGCGUGCGGUGCGGGACAAUUCUCAAAGUGUCACCACAGCGCCCAGCGUCGCCAACCUUAACACCCCCCCCCCAACCCACCCCACAAGCAACUCUCACGUGAAAUGAUAAAAUUGGUUUUGCCUUACGCGCCCGCGCUACCGGCGGCGCAGGAAGGUUAAGCCGGUGAGAUAAUGAAUGGAGUGAUGAUUUUGCCUGCGAGAUGUUCUCUGGUGGCAGAUCGGAGAGGGGACAGGGGGACUUGUGGCGAUGGGAAGAGCCGCUACCUCCCCCCUCCCCCUUUCCACGGGAGUGCGAGGGGGGCGUCUCUCUUCUGUUGUGAGAGGACGGGUUCGCCCGAUGAACUCAGGGGGACACUUUUGAGCAAUAUUCCUCCUCCUCUCCUCUUCCUCCCUUGUCUUCUUUGCGCAGCUUUCCUUGAUUGUUCGGGAAAAGUGGGGGGGGGGAGGUCGUACGUAUGGGUGUGUUGGCAGUGUGGAUACUCUGAGGGGGCAGCCUGACUUGCCAGGCUGAGUGACGGAUGGGUGGUUAACUUGCUGGCCGGUGGGUGCCUGGCAGAGAGGACGGCUGGCUGGCUGAGUGGUUGUCUGGCUGGGUGGCUGACUGGCUGGGUAUCUGGUUGGAUGUUUGGCUGGGUGGCUAUCUGGCUAGGCAGCUGGCUUUAUGUCUGGCUGGUAGAAUGACUAGCUGCCUGCCUGCCUGCCUGGAUGGUUGGCUGGGCUGCACAGUUCCAGUCCGUAGCAGUGGCGAUGUUCGUUCAACACCGUCCCCAGCUCCUCCGUGCGAAUUCAACUUUCCUAGGAGCAGAUUCUCCCGCAAUCCCCCUCCACCCCCGUCUACCCACCCACCAUGGUGAAUAAUGCAUCACCGUCCAUGCAGCGAGACCCUCAUUAGAUGGGAGCCUUGUUGGAGGUGGGGGGAGGGGAGCUGCGAGAAGGAGCCACACUCCCCUCCGAGAUUUUUGGUUAAGUAGCUGGCGGGCGCAUUAAAAAAUUAUGCAAGCAAACAAAUUACACUGACUCCACAAUUGACUCGAGCAGGCUAAUAGAUCUCGGAGGUUAGCCGGCCGAAUGUACGGUGGGUUUUUUUUCUUUCUCUCUCUCUCCCCUCCCCAUGAAAUACGUGACAUUUCGUUUUAAUGAAAUUUUUAAGUCAAAUGCGCGCUAUUUUUUUAAAUGCUUAGCUCGAAAUUGAUGUAGCGGGUAUUCUUAAAUUCCGACAUGCCUGGAAGAAAAAAACCUCUGCGUAAAUUGCCACAAAGGAGAGGGGGGGCGGAGGGUGUGGGGGGUGGGGGGUUGAUGUGGGGGGGUGGGGGGCAUGGUGGUGGGGGCCCGGCCGGCGGGCGGGGGGGGGAGAUUCUGCCAAGGAGAGAGAAGCGCCCGUUAAUCAUUCCAGCAAACCGCGGACUGGCGUCUCGUGAGCGAGCGAGCGCCUUUGUCGCGCGCGUGGUUUUCUUGAGAACGAGGAGGAGGAGGAGCAGGAGGAGCGCUUUAGCGCUCGUGACGGUGCCAGGUUGUCUGUUUGCCGACCUCCCAACGCCCGAGUCACGCCGAGAUGGCAGCUGGAUUUCUAGGGGCGUCGGCGGCGGCGGGCACGUUGAAUCGGCAAACAAAAAUCGACGGUUUGGCGAUUUUUGUUUUCCCCCUUCGGGCUACUUUAGCGGAAAACGCCGCGGCACCGACAUCCGAGUUAGGCUCCCCGGUCCGGCUCGAACGCCGCGCGCCCAACGAUCCACCACGUGGCUCGUCGUGAAGAGAGCACCAAGAGACACAUCGCAGUGCAGUGCAUUAUUCACAAUGCAGUAAUCAUAGUGAUUCAGCGAGUAAUAACGAGUCAUUCUGUACCAUUGUGUGCGCGCGUGUAAACAUGUACGUGUGCAUCUUUCUCAGUCUCUCUUUCACAGGUGUUCGCUAACAGCACUUGUCCCAAAAGCCUGUUAAGGCUAUAAGUGGGAUCUUUGUCUUUGUGUGUCUCUGUGGGGAGGAGUGGCGGAGUGGUUAGCGCAACUUUCGCAAUCUGCGCCUGGCCCCCUGAGUGUAAAUUCCCGGCCAUGGCUAACGUCAGGGGCGAUUGAUAUCAGAACUCGGCCACUCUGAGGUCGAUUCGGCAUUAAAUGAGUGUCGCGUCGUGACAUCGUUGUUAUUUUGUACUCGGUGAACCUCCCUCGCUAACCCUCGCUCCUUAACGCCUUGCAUCGCCGACACUGACACUGCCGAGUCUCAUGAGAAACCCCACAACUCGCGAUGGACAUUACCGAUGUCACCGAAAUUCCGCUUCUCAGCUCGUCUUCUUCUUCUUAAAAAAAAAUACUCUAAUAAAUAUGGGUCCAAUUCAUCGCGAGGCAUUUGAACAAAGUGCAAUGCCACGCUGGACGAUGCUUCACGCACACGUUUCCCCUCGCUGCAUGCAUAUGCGGCUGGCCGAUCUCUACUCAAAAUUCGUGACAUUGCGCGGUUUGAAUUCAACUCGGGUAGGCAGCUGGUCCCUCGUGCGGUUUCACUUUAUGCGCCCACUUUUUUGGAACAAAUCUACUUCUACCACCACUACUAGUACUACUACCAGUACUAGGACCGCGUAACCUAAUGAGGGAAACCAGUCAUCUCCAGUGAAUCGUCGGUUAUAAAAGUGUAAAAAUGUCACCCGCGUUUCAACAUUCCUCCGCGAUAAACCCAAUCAAUUGGCAUAUUUGCCCUCGUGAAAAUAUUCUCAGUCGGUUGGGGGAGGUGUAUGUAUGUAUGUUGAACUUCUUUCGCACCGUAAGUAGCCAACCAUGCUAAUCGGAGGUGCGGGGGAAGAUUACAUUGAACACACAAAGCAGUUCGAAAGAAGUGAGUUUUAAACGUAGAUUUAAAAGUGCAUAGCUCCAGCGGAUUCCUGAUAUCGGAAGAGCGUUCCAGACGGCAGCAGAAGCAGCGCGUCUCAAAGCGCCGUGCGAUGCGGUGACCGACGUUUUUGUUCGAUGGCCGAGCCAGAAGCUGCUGCUGCCGCUGCUCCUGCUCCUGCUGCUGCUGCUGCUGCUGCGAGAGUGGCCGCGGUUUGCGUGACAGUUCGUGAGAAAACAGCUGGACGUCGAUAUUUAUACCUCGACGGUCCAACCCGAGAGGAGCUCGUUGUGAACCAAAGUGGCGUGCGGGUCCAUCGACCUGAGGGGCUUUGGGGAUGAGUGUUCUCCCAGCAGUGCCGCCUUAACCCUCUCAUGCAUGAAUUACGAUUCGAAGCAAACCCCGAUUAGUUUUUUUGGGAGUUUAAAGUUAAUUUAUGAUUCAAAGGGAUUUCCCCGCCCCUCCCCCGCCCUCCAACAGACAUGUGUUGAAAACCAUUAAUGAUAAUAAUGAUAACGAUGUCAACUUGUAGCGCGCCGCGCAGGGCUCACUCACGCUCGAAUGCAGACAACGAUUUGGAAGGCGCGUGGAGCAACCGCGGACACGCGGUGAGCCGGCGCCAACAAUCCGCCCAAGCUCUGCGGUCCCUGAUGCGUAAAGAUGAUUGCAAGCCUAUCAUACUGCGCGUGUACGCGUGGGGGAGGAGCCCGGAGCAUCCGGAGAAAACAAAACCCACCACACGUGCGCCUGGGACAGGUGGGGUCCUUGUAUUUGCUGCGCGGCCUUCAACUGGCGAGACGCAAUAUGGCAACUCAAUUGCAAAGCGGUCACAUAAAUCAAAGCCGGUCCACCACAGAGGACGUGGUGCAUGAGAGGGUCAAGUAUAUAGAGAUAUACAGAGAUAUACAAAAACUUUGAAGCAGUUUUAAAAUGCCCCAAAAAUGGCACUUUCCUUAAAUAUCGUCUCGGGUGUGUGUAGCUUUUUAUUUCGUUGUUCUAACUCUUGUCGCCGAGGAUGUGUUGUUAUACGGACACGUUUUUUUUGUAUUAGAAUAUUUCACCUGGAUAUUCCCUUGCAGAUGGAUCGUCUCGAUUGCAAGGGUUUCCAGGACAGCAGUUGGCACACGCAUAGCAAACGCGUAAUGCGCACGCAACACGCUCACGCACAUACAAGACAAAGAACCCCCGUAUAGCCUGAACGGAAUGUUGGGGCAAGUGCUGUUAGCGAAGGCCGGCAGGGCAAAUGAGUGGGUUGGUGGCCAGCACAACGCCCGGCUGCCUUUGUCUCCCGCGUGGCGAUGUUUACUACACACCGCACCACCCGGUGUUUAUUUUGAGGCUGAAUCGACCUAGGGGAGGCUCAGGACCGGCUUCGGUAAUCGUCACUGGUGUUGUCCGUGAGCGGGAGUCAAACUCAGGUCGCCUGAGUGCAGUGCGCCGACUGCUACACUACCGCUCCCCACGCGCGCAUACAUCGCAAGACACGUGUUGUUGUUCAUAUCUCAAUGAGGAGAAGUUGAUUGUCGUAAAAUGUAAUUGUACAGCGAACGCCAGGAUAUGACCCUGAUCGAUUAAUUCAUUUUUCCUAUAUUAUUGGCAUUUGCUUUUUAUACAUGACGCGUGUAUAUAGUAGUGUACGAUGUGUACAUAGCCGUACAUACACGUGUACAGUUUAAAAUAAUAAUUGCUCUCGUUUGUUUUUCGGGGAUCCGUGCCACGUAUCCGCAUCUUCUGUGCUGCUCAUGAUUUGUUUUUAUAUGCAAAGAAGUUAUGUUUGAUGUUCACACUUAUAUUUUGCUCGUAAUAAUAUUGUUGUUAUUUGAAUGUCCACCCCUAUGCAUGCAUUUCUCUGCGAAGUAAACUGCCCUCGUCGACAGCUCCGGUCCACAAACCCUUGGCGUGACACACAGACACUCGGUGGCUAAACAUCCCAAUGUAUCAGGACUCUCCCGAAAGUCUUGAGUCCAAGUGAGGCUUUCCUGGGCAAUGAUCGGCAUUGUUUGUCAUCGAGGGCUUCCUCCUCCCUUGUUGUCCACACGGAUCCCAUGUCCCUCUUCAAAAGUCCAGGCUCAUUACCCCCCCCCCUGCCCACCAUCCAGUUCCGGAUUCUCCUCUUCACCAAAAACUCCCCUCUGCCCACCUCCUGUGAAAACAGACGCCGCUCCGUGUCGCUUAAUUCUGCUCGCUCCUUCCGUCUCGCUUCUCUCUCUCUCUGUCCUUCCCUCUCAUCAUCGCCAUCAUCACCUUCUUCAUCCGUGACAUCGCGUCCACCCGGUCAUUCCUUCUCCUCCUCCCCUUCCUGCACCGCCGCUCCUAUUCUCUCUCUCCCUGCUGCUCCUCGUCAUGAGCCGUGGCCUCCUCUUUGUCCGUCUUGGAGAAAUCCACCCCCGGCAUCUUCCAUUCCUCCCACCCUCUUGUCUCACCUCGCCAGGCAAUGCUACAUCCUCGACUCUACUUCCCCUGCCUGCGGUGGUGCCGUUCACGGCUUACAACGUUUGAGAUCCGACGGAUGUUCAUUGAUGCCUCGAUGCGUCGCUACGAUCAGCGCGCGUGUUGCGAACGUGACGGCCGCUGCCUGUUUGGACACGAGGUUGGGUGAUGCGUCGAAGGCUCGUAUCUACCCACCCGGAGUGGCUCCCGCGAGGUCGAUGCUUCGUUCAUGAUUUAUUUUUUUAAAAGCAGAGACUUUCAAGUGACUUUCAGGAGCAAAUAUACAUGUUUAAUGACGUCGCUGCAGUGUGGCGCUCAUGCUUUAAACUAUCUUAAUGUUACCAGGUAAGGCCCACUGAGUUGUGUAGCGCUUUUUCAGAAACGACCUGGCCACAAAUGAUAGCUCAACGAAGUGGCUUACCACGUGGGAAUUCAUAGCAGCCAAAUUACUCUAAACAAACAUUUCAUAAAUGUUGAGCGAAAUGAAAUGGGAUGACCGGGAGAAAAAAUGCACGCCACCACGGUGAGUCAGACACCGCAAACUCCAAAUACAGCAGCAUGCGUCCGGGUCGGGAUCGAACCCACGCGCUCCUGUAUACCAGGAGAGGUAGUUAACAUCUUGCCACCGCGGCGUCUCGCGAGAGUGCAGUGUCGUCACGAGAUGUCGUCACGAGAUGUCGUCAGCGGCGCGCCCGCAGUGAAUUGGCUUAAGCAGGUGGCAAUAGAAACGUGUAUUCUUGAAUCCAUCUGUGCGGAACUUACGUGGUGGAUUUUCUCCUGGUUUUCCAAUUCCUUCGCACGUGAAGUCAACACAUGACACACACACAUUAAAGAAUUGGUUAAACAUGCUAAGGUAGCAGGACCCCCUUGGACAACAGCCUUGAGACUCGGCGAGACUCGCCUGAAUAAACGAAGGACAUUGUUAUGAAUACGAUUGUCGAUAACAUUAAACAAUAAUCUGCAAACUUUUCCCAAUCCACUGCUGGAUGAAGGCCUCUCCAUGCUGUGUAGCUAAUGUGGGUUGUUUUGACCGUUCUUUACCAUACUGAUGGUCAGCGCAGGUGUGAAGGGGAGAGGCCCAGGACCGUUCGCAACUGACAUUGAUCCGUGGCAAUGCAUUGAACUCAUAGGCCUUAGGUCGCCGGUCGAUUUCAAACUUCAUAGCUAAGUGCGCUAACCGCUGCCGUCCCCCGCCACCUCCAACCUCUCGGCGUGAGCGAAGUUUCAGCGACAGCUAGCGACGCGGCGCCUCUCCGUGCGUCGCGAGCCGCGAGCUUGGAGCUGCCACGCGCGUACGGUGUCUGUCACUCGUGGGUGUCGCGCGGAUGAGUCUUCUCGUGCGCGAUCCCGCAUCACGCACGCGAUCGGACGAUGGGGGCUACGCUACGCCAGCCUGGGGUGUUUUUAUUUUAUUUCUCUCUCUCUCUUUGUAAAGCUUAGUGAACUCCUGUCUCAUUA